AUGUUUAACCAUGCCAGGAAGGCCAACGAUGAGCAGCCCGACGAAGAACAGCGAGCCCCCCCCCCUGCUGCGGGUAAUCUUAUUACUAGGCGGUCCGGAGGUGAAUUCGUUCUGUCCUCUGCAAUGGAAGCAACCUUUGUUACCGGUGGGUUUGAUCAGACUGCCCAACUCUGGGUGCACGAUAGAAAAUCGAACGAGGUCACAUGCGUAGCUGUUUGUCGAGGCCAUUCGGAAACGGUAAUGACAGCAGCUGCCUUGUUCUUGGAUUCGAACUGUGAGCCCUGCGUAUUUGCAACCGGUUCCUGGGAUGGGACCAUCAAACUCUGGUCUGCCUCACCCAAAGCGACAGACCUUUCAGAAGAAACUGGAGGCAUAGCACAUACACGAAAGUCCACCAGCAAAACACCAACUCGAAUCCCUCGGUUGACCUUGGCGGGACAUCGGGAGACUAUUACCCGGGUUUGUUGGCUGUCCACUGUUCCCACUGAUGAAAAAAGUUCGGCUCCAUCAAACCCGAAAUUGAUUUCUGUCAGUUGGGAUCAUACUUUGCGUGUUUGGGACUGCCAGGUAGGGCAGCCGCAACAACAGAACACGGGUGGAUCAGAAGUGCGCUGUAUCGUUUCUAGUCAUGCUAUCAAUGAUGCAGAUGCCACCCUGCAAGGAAUCCUGACAGCGUCUUCCGACAAUCGGGUCCGGAUGUAUGACCUACGCGCUCGAGAGGCGCUGGCCUUGAUCGGCUUCCCUGGUCAUACUGCCUGGUUAACAGCAAUUGCUUGGGCUCCUCAUCGGGAAAACCACUUUGUUACCGGAUCUAUUGACCGUAGCGUUCGUCUAUGGGAUACCAGAAAUCCGAAGGCCUCUCUGUACGACUUGAUGGGACACACGGAUAUGGUUACUGAUGUGGAUUGGGCUGCCCCGUUAAUCAGACACCAACCUUCCGACCGGCGGCAUUACAUUCUCAGCUCAUCAGCUGAUGGCACUGUGAAAAUCUACAACUACCCGGAAUAAGCUCCUCGCGUGGAUUCUCUUCUCACUUGUACAGACCUGAAAAUACAGCAGCCUCAUGGCUUGUCAUGUGUUUGU